AUGAAGUCUAGUUACACUUUCAAACAAAGGCACAGCCCUGACUGGGUUCAUAGACGUGGGCACCACCUAGCCCCUGGAGGCUACAGCAGCCUUCCACCGUUGGACUAUGCCCCCAUCAGUCAGCUGAGGGAGGGGGCUCUACGCUGCUCAGGCUCCCACCUGGAGAAGGCUUGGGCUGAAAUCAAAGAGGAGACGGUUAGGUUAUUGCUGAAGAUGCAAGCUUCAACUGUCUCGACUGUGACCAACACUACAGUAACUACAAACACAACCACAAAGAGCAAAGAGCAAAUACUCAUCCAGAGUUCCGGGGCAAUGAUCGCUGUCAUCGUCAUAGGAAUCAUCAUCAUUCUCGCCAUUCUCCUGAUAAUCCUGAAGACGUACAACAGGCGGACACAUGUCUCCAGAGUCCUGGGAGCCAGAAGUGGCUCCAAACCUCGUCCGAAGAUGUCACAAUCCACAAUUAACAGCAACAUCCCGCUGAGCGCCGUGGGAGUGAACUCUGUGUCUGGCAGCAUCUUCAGUUCAAACCCAGGCUCAGAGAAUGGCUCGCAGCUGCCCAGAGAGGAGCUGAACAGCGCGGAGGGAAACCACAUAGAGCAGUUAAGCACCAUCAGUGAAUCCACUGCGAUCACCAUAAAUGAUCCUCUAUCGAUUGGAAACACAUAGCAACAAGACUGUGGUUUAGUCUCACAACAGGCACUGCGUGAUCAUAUUCAUCCCUGACCAUAAAUACUGUGUUCUGACUGAAUCCUGUGGCAACUCAAUCUGGGACGUUAGUGUUAUCACUGUCAAUCUCCACCAACUGAGCCUCUGCUGGUCACUACAAUGAUACCAAGAUGUACUUUUGGUGUGCAAACAUAGACAUCAUGAACAAAAUGGUACCUUAAACAGACAUGAUGGAUUGCAUGAAGGAUGUUGCAUGAUGGGAAACUGAGACUUUCUUGAGAAGAAUAGCUUUUUGGCUACAGUCAGUGUUCAGAGUAUAGAUGCCAGAAGUUUCUCACUGCUUGUACUCUUUGCAGAUCACUACUAAUACAAUGAAGAAAAUGUGCAUUGAAGACUGUAAUGGCUUGACUGCAUUGCUCUCAAGUGUGUAUAUUUCUGUAUUAAAGAUGACCACAUAUGUUCAUGAGUAAAUGUAGGAUUAGUUUAAACUUCAAAGAAGACAAAGACAGCAUGAAAGACACUAUCUCAGUUUGUAAUACCAGGAUUUUUAAGAAAGAAUGUGUUGAUAUUGCAUACAACAUUCCUUACUAAAUCUGCUUCACUUUUUUAUAUUGUCUUUGUCUUCUGUUCACAGAUUCUCUCUGAUUAGUUUUCGUUAAAGAAAUCUAUAAAAUGUGUCUUUUACCUUGUAUGACAAAGAGACCAUAGAGAUAUUUUGAGACGUCUGGGUGUCAGCCUAACAUGGUGAUGUAAAUCCUUUUUAGUUUGACGCCAAAGGAUUUUGCACUUUAUUUUUAUUGCUCUCUGUAUUUGUAUUGUUUGUGGUUC